AAUCAAUAAAAUCCGAUAAAAGUGAAAAAGAUACUGAAAAACCUACUAGUGAUAAAACGAUUAUACCUAAAUCAGUUUCAAAAGAUUCUAUAAAAUCCGAUAAAAGUGAUAAAGAUUUACCUACUGUUCUAAAAGACGCAUCUAAAAUGGAUGAUAUAAUAACUGAAAAAACUGAUUCCAUCAUUAGUGACACUAAAGAUGAUACUAAAAAAUUAAUUACGACACAAAUUGACAGUAAGCAAACCAUCACACAUGAAUCGAUAACAGAAAAACAUAUGGGGGAAAAAACUGAUGUAAUAAAAACUGAAAAAGAUACAGAUAAACCAACAAUUGAUAAGACGAGUUUAACUAAAUCCGAUUCUUUGGAAUCUGUGAAAUCUGAUAAAAGCGAUAAAGGUUUAUCCGCUGUUAUAAUGGAUGGAACAACAUUAGAUAAAAUAAUAACUGACAAACAUGACUCCAUCGUUAGUGAUACUAAAAAAUUAAUUACGACUAAAAUUGAAAGCAAAGAAACCACCACACAUGAAACAAUAACAGAAAAACAUACAGGGGAGAAAACUGAUCUAAUUAAAUCUGACUCAGUAGAAUCAAUAAAAUCCGAUAAAAAAACCACCACACAUGAAACAAUAACAGAAAAACAUACAGGGGAGAAAACUGAUGUAAUAAAAACUGAAAAAGAUACAGAUAAACCAACGAUUGAUAAGACGAGCUUAACUAAAUCUGAUUCUUUGGAAUCUGUGAAAUCUGAUAAAAGCGAUAAAGGUUUAUCCGCUGUUAUAAAGGAUGGAACAACAUUAGAUAAAAUAAUAACUGACAAACAUGACUCCAUCGUUAGUGAUACUAAAAAACUAAUAACGACACAAAUUGAAAGCAAGGAAACCACCACACAUGAAACAAUAACAGAAAAACAUACAGGGGAGAAAACUGAUCUAAUUAAAUCUGACUCAGUAGAAUCAAUAAAAUCCGAUAAUAGUGAAAAAGAUACUGACAAACCUACUAGUGAUAAAACGAUUAUACCUAAAUCAGGUUCAAAGGAAUCUUUAAAGUCCGAUAAAAGUGAAAAAGAUACUGAAAAACCUGCUAGUGAUAAAGCAAUUAUACCUAAAUCAGUUUCAAAAGAUUCUAUAAAAUCCGAUAAAAAUGAUACUAAAAAACUAAUAACGACUAAAAUUGAAAGCAAAGAAACCACCACACAUGAAACAAUAACAAAAAAACAUACAGGGGAGAAAACUGAUCUAAUUAAAUCUGACUCAGUAGAUUCUAUAAAAUCCGAUAAAAGUGAUAAAGAUUUACCUACUGUUCUAAAAGAUGCAUCAAAAAUGGAUAAAAUAUUAACUGAAAAAACUGAUUCCAUCAUUAGUGACACUAAAGAUGAUACUAAAAAACUAAUAACGACUAAAAUUGAAAGCAAAGAAACCACCACACAUGAAACGAUAACAGAAAAACAUAUUGGGGAAAAAACUGAUGUAAUAAAAACUGAAAAAGAUACAGAUAAACCAACAAUUGAUAAGACGAGCUUAACUAAAUCUGAUUCUUUGGAAUCUGUGAAAUCUGAUAAAAUCGAUAAAGGUUUAUCCGCUGUUAUAAAGGAUGGAACAACAUUAGAUAAAAUAAUAACUGACAAACAUGACUCCAUUGUUAGUGAUACUAAAAAACUAAUAACGACACAAAUUGAAAGCAAGGAAACCACCACACAUGAAACAAUAACAGAAAAACAUACAGGGGAGAAAACUGAUCUAAUUAAAUCUGACUCAGUAGAAUCAAUAAAAUCCGAUAAUAGUGAAAAAGAUACUGACAAACCUACUAGUGAUAAAACGAUUAUACCUAAAUCAGGUUCAAAAGAAUCUAUAAAGUCCGAUAAAAGUGAAAAAGAUACUGAAAAACCUGCUAGUGAUAAAGCAAUUAUACCUAAAUCAGUUUCAAAAGAUUCUAUAAAAUCCGAUAAAAUGACACUAAAGAUGAUACUAAAAAACUAA